AUGCGUCUUUCAUUCGCCGGAAAAGCAGCUUUCGCUGUAUUCGUCUCAUCGGCCGCCGCCCUACAAUUGCCCGGACUCUCCUCGCUGCUUAAGCGCGAAGAUAUUGAACCAGGAUCGCCUCUCUACAAUUGUCACGCUGCAUGCGGCGAGGUGAUCUUGAUCUCUGAAGCAGGCAACUACUGCUCAAACUCAACCUUCACUACCGACCUGGACUCAUGUCUGAAAUGCGCCCUGACAUACAACAUCUGGCAAUACUACGGCGAUAGCGUCAAGUCUGCAGCGACAUCUUGCAGUGAUGAUGCCACUCCUAGCUCUUCCUCCGCUACCUCAGGCGCUGCAUCGGCUGGUGCGGCCACUGCCACUGCUACAACCACAGGUGAUACUUCUACAGUAACUGGAUCCACAUCCUCUAGCACUCCUUCUGGCACCACGUCAUCGGGAGCCGCAUCGGCAGCAACGGCAACUUCGGCGAGUGCGGCCUCCGCUUCGGCAAGUACAAAUGCUGCGUCAGGGACUCAACAAAAUGUCGUCUUCUCCAUGCUGAUGGGUGCUGCUGCUUGGGCCUUGAUAUAA